CAGCCAACAGGGAGACAGGAGCAAAUGAACGUGACAGAAGGGCAGGAGAGCUAUGGUGACGACGUGGUUCCUAGCCACCAACAGCCGGCACGGCAGAACCGACGAGGAGUCCAGGCCACAGAUGUCCACAACCAGCAGCACGGCCGCUCUCUGUUCAUGCAGCCCGUCCCCCAGAUGCUCUGCAUGCCACACAACCCCAUGAUCUCUGGAGACGCUGCCGGGCCGAGCAGCAGCAAUGCCACAGCCUUCGCCGGCGCCACCUACAUCUCCGCCCCAGCACUGCUGCCAGCGUACCAAUCACCGGCACGAGCAAGAGCAACACCACCGGCACCGCAUGUGGUGUACUCAUUGUAAGUGAUGGAUCAACAAUCACGAGCAAGAUUUCAGUGGCUAGGCCUAAUCGAUCAAGAACAAGGGAUGAACACAGAAACUGCCGACAGGGCGUCGGCUCCCCUUUUCACCUCUGUUCACAAAGAGUUCAAUGAGUUUACAACCAACUCCAAAGCACUAACUCACGCACUAAACAUCCAGCUAUUUAUACCAAUAGCUUACACACACUGUGACACACACAGAACUGCUAAAAACGUGAUACAUAAGCUUGUCAGUGAAAACCGCCUCUCGACGUCGCGAUCGUGUACGUGGUCACCGCUUCAGCUGCAACUGCUCCCGUGCGUGGGUCAUUCAAACUUCAGCGCUCCCGCUCCCG